AUGAAGAUUCGCGAGUUUGAGGAUGAGAAGAAGGUGCUGCAAGAAAGGAUCAAGGAUUUGGAGAGCCGCAAGGAAGCGAAAGGUCGCUCAUGCACCGAGCAAGUUCGAGUGCUUGAGGGCUGCAACAAGGAGCUCAGGGACCAGCUCGCGGUGUUCGCGGAGUAUCGAAAGGGGCAGGUUCUCAAAAUCCGCGAGAUCAAGGAGCUGAAGGCAAAGCUUGAGGUGACGGAGGAGCGGCUUCGCAGGGCACAAGCUGAGGCCGAGAAAGAGCGAGAGAUUGGGGAAGACAACAAGGAGCUGAAGCACAAGCUUCAGGUGAUGGAGGAUCGUCUCCGCAAGACAGAGACUCAGGCCGAGAAAGAGCGAGAGAUUGGGGAAGACAACAAGGAGCUGAAGCACAAGCUUCAGGUGAUGGAGGAGCGGCUCUGCAGGGCACAGGCUGAGGCCGAGAAAGAGCGAGAGAUUGGGGAAGACAACAAGGAGCUGAAGGACAAGUUCAAGGCCAUGGAGGAGGAUCUCCGAAAGUCACAAUUUGAGAACGAGAAACUUCGAGCACUUGACGACAAGGAGCUGAAGGACAAGCUCCAGGUCAUGGAGGAGGAUCUCCGAAAGUCACAAUCUGAGAACGAAACGGUUCGAGAGCUCGCGGAAGACAACAAGGUGCUGAAAGGCCUGCUCAAGGUGAUGCAGGAGGAUCUCCAGCAGUCGCAGUCUGAGGUGGGCUCGACCUCCAAGUCUAACAAGAAAGUCCAAGCACUUGAGGACGACAACAAGGAGCUGAAGGAAAAGCUCAAGGUCAUGGAGUCGGACCUCCGAAAGCCGCGGUCUCUGGCUGCCUGGGCGAGAAUGCGAGAUGCACUUCGUUCCGUGUCACAGAAUCAGAAAGUUCAAGAGCUUGAGGAAGACACUCAGGAGCUGAAGGACAAGCUCAAGGUGAUGGAGGAGGAUCUCCGAAAGUCACAGUCUGAGAAUCAGAAAGUUCAAGAGCUUGAGGAAGACAAUCAGGAGCUGAAGGACAAGCUCAAGGUGAUGGAGGAGGAUCUCCGAAAGUCACAGUCUGAGACUCAGAAAGUUCAAGAGCUUGAGGAAGACAACCAGGUGAUGGAGGAGGAUCUCCGACAGUCACAGUCUGAGAAACAGAAAGUUCAAGAGCUUGAGGAAGACAACCAGGAGCUGAAGGACAAGCUCAAGGUGAUGGAGGAGGAUCUUCGAAAGUCACAGUCUGAGAAUCAGAAAGUUCAAGAGCUUGAGGAAGACAACCAGGAGCUGAAGGACAAGCUCAAGGUGAUGGAGGAGGAUCUUCGAAAGCCACAGUCUGAGGCAUCCACAAGUGAAGGCUCAGCCUGUACCCCCCGAUCACCGUCCAGCUCAGAAAGCAGGCUGAGGGCCGCUAUGUCUGACACCGGGACCUCCGCAGAUCAGCUGAAGUCUGCCAUUGGCGCGGUCAAUGCGUUGGUGGAGGAGGCCCAGCGUGAGCUCGACAGGAAGCUGGGGCGAGCCCGGCGAGCAGCCUACGAGCAGCUGGCAAACGCCAAGCAGGCUAAUGACGAAGAGGGCUUGGAGCAGGCUAUAUGUGUAGCCCGGCAGACUGGGGUGGAUGAGAGCGACGUGGCGGAGGCGGAGGCAAAGCUCGAGGCAAUCCGAGCGCGGACUCCAGAGGAGCGCGCAGCUCAGGCGGCGAAGGAGACCGAGAAAUUGCAGAAGAAGGAGGCAUAUUUGCAAGUGAAGAAGGGCAAUGUGGAGGCCCUCAGGGCGGUCCUGGAGGGACUUGACGCUUCCGUUCAGUGGCAGGACUGGCGUGACACUGAGGGCCGGGAUUUGUUGCGGUAUGCCAGAGAUGUGAGGGCCAAUGACGAGGUGGUGCGGUCCCUCUCUGCCAAGAAGGCGUGUUGCUUCCAAGCCUUUGAGGAGCAAGCCCAGGAGCAGCCCAUUCUGGAUCCGGAGCAGGACGGCAAGCAGAGGAGCAGUUGCAGCAAGCCCAGGAGCAGCCCAUUCUGGAUUCGGAGCAGGCCUUGA